GUGAAAUGCUUGAUGCUUAAAUGCUUAUGAGUGAAAUGUAAACUUCAUUUUGCGGGUGCAUAAAGGAAUGAUAAAAACUCCGUAAUACUUUUUAUUCUUGAUAAGAGUUAGGAAAACGGGAUCAAUUUAUCAGGUUCUUGCUUAAUUUACGAAUUGGUAGGCAUGCGUUACAUACAGAAUGGUAAAAUAAAAGCAUAGUAUAUCAAAUAAGAUAAGACUGCAAUGAAAAAUUCUCGCUCUUCAUGUUUGGUUGGCAUAAGAUUAGUUCCUGAUGGAUUCUCAGCUUUGAAUUCUCCCCUAUCUAGUGGAACCAUAAUAGGCUGUUUGUCAUUGCAACCUGUAGCUGCCACAAUAUCUUGUAAAGAUUUCAGAACAAUGUUGCUAGCUAAAUUUACAAAUUUACCGAAGGAAUUUAUUUUUUUGAGCUGCAAAGGGUGGCCCAUUUCAAAAAUUGAAGAGGAAAAUGUAAUUGUUUCUCAAUUAAUUAAUGCAGAUAUAAUUACUAUUGAAAGAGCCUUAGGCAUGCCACGGAUAGGUAUUAAAUGGUCAAAUGGCGAAAGUUUAGGAUUUAUAUUUAUUAACUAUAGUAGCCUUUUGACUGAAACAAGAGAGAAAAUUGCAUCUGAACUCUAUGAAAAAAUCAAAGAGAAUGAUUUUGAAUUUCUAGACACCAAUGCAUGGCCAAUUCCUAAUUUUCAAGAAAAAAAGCUUACAGUAUGGGAUGUGAUUUCGUGCAAUUCGCUGAACAUUAUGCCCAUAACUAAGAAAAGGAAAGUAGAGAAUGUUAUGCACAGACCGAAAAAAAGACCAAAUAAAUUGAAUAUUUCAAGUGAUUCAACAACUGAGUUGAAUAGUAGCAAAAAUACGAAAUCAAUUCUUAUUAGCUAUGUUCAUGCUGAAGCUUCAGCCCAUGCUCGAGAUUUAAAAAGUGAAUUGAUAAAUAUGGGAUUGGAGAGUGUUUUUCUGGAUGUUGAUGAUAUACCUCCUGGUAAAGAUUGGCAGGAUGUAAUUAAUUCUAGUCUUAAUAACUGUGCAGCAUUUGUGCCCCUAGUAACUCCAAGAUAUGGUGCAACUAAAUGGACAAAUAGAGAGGCAAAACUGGCUGAUGACAAAGAUAAACUAAUUAUUCCUGUUAGUUUUUUACAAAAGUGGCCUCCUGACCAGCUGGCUAUUCAGUUUGUUACACUACAAUAUAUACCAUGGAAAACUGGUGAUGAUUUUUCUAGUGCUGAAGAUCACCAUUUAAAUGACAUAACCCUAUGGGAGCCAAGAUGUGUUCACAGAGUUGCCAAGGAAAUUAAAACCUUGGUGUCAUCUGAUCAAGACAUGUCUACACCAGACAGUUCUUCGAUUUUGGAUCCUCAAGUAAAUGUAAACUGGCUUCAUUCUAAGAUGCCUCCGCCCGAGAGAAAAAGAGAUUUCAUUGUUAUUAGUGCACAUUGUCAGCAAAAAGGAUUCGUUCAAAACAUAAUGGAUCACUUAGAACUGGCUGCAUAUAAAGUUUGGUCUUCCAUUGAGAUGUGUGAAUAUGAUGGAGAGAGCUUCAGCUCCUUUGAUGAUAGUCAGCAGUCUGAGGCUUCUCCUUUUAAUGGUUUGUGUGCAGAUAGUUGUUCAAGAUUGAAUUCACCUUUUAAUGACAGUGCUCCUAAUAGUCAAUCUGAUGCCAUUUUUAAUUUUAAACAUGAAAACAAUGGUGUUACAAAUUCAAAGAAGCUCUGUAGUGCAAGUAGUUUACAAGAACAAAAAAGAAACUUUAAAAUGAAAGUUAAACAUGCAAAAUUAGUCAUAUUAAUUAUUUCGGAGGAUUACUUUAAAUCACGUGUUUGUAUGCAGCAGGCUUACUAUUGUGGAUUAAGAAGCAAAGUUAUUGUUGUUAAACUUGGAGAAUUUCCUAUGGAGAACUUAGUGUGUAAUAUGUUCAUUGAGCAAGACAUGAUUAAAGCGAAUGAAGAAAAUAAUUUGAUGGAUACGAUUGAACAGGAGAUUUCUAAGAAGUUGCAAGAAAACUCUUCAAAAAACUGCUCUGACUACUUACCUUAUGAAGUGGAUAAAAUAAAGAAAGAAAUAAAUUCUAAUUUUUGUGUUUAUAUCACUGGAGGAACCAGUGUAUCUAUUAAAACUGAAACAUUUUGCAUGAUUUUAGGCUCAGAACUGGCAAAAAUAAAAAAUUUGACUUUAGUGACAGAAGGUUCAUUUGGUGCAUGUGAUCUUGUUGCGAAGAAUUUUUGUGAAGAACUUGAUAUCAAAGCAAAAGGCAAAGCCCAUAGUAUUUAUCACAUAAUUCCACGUUAUGACCAAGUUGUAACUAAUAGGGCUAGGCAAUUAGACGAUGGAAAAUUUGAAAAACUGCCUUAUGGAAAAACAAUCUAUUGUGGCAAUUCUUUAGUAGAAAGAGAUGACAUUGUAUCAACAAUGUUCAAAAUAUGUAUUCUUAUAGAAGGUGAUGACCAGAGUGCAUGCUUAGCAGAAAAAUUUCUGUGGAAUGAUCGUAUAGUUAUUCCUGUUGUUUGUAAAAACAUGACGGCUAUUUCGUCUCGACAGUGUUUAUCAGAAUCAAUAUCUAAGGUGCCUUGUUGGCUUGUUGCUUCAGACUGGGAUAAUUUAAACUCAGAUGAUUGUACUCCUGAAGAAAGAGCUACAUCUGUGCAGAAAAUCAUUAUUAAUUUACUGAAACAACAGUUAAAAGCAAAGGCACCAUUGCAAAAGAAGAUCAAAUAAUGAAGCUAUAUUCUAACUAUUAAUAGGACAAAAAUGAUUAAAACUCUGUGAAGGGUUCAUGGAAAAUAAGCCAGUCAGCAUUUAAUCUGAAUUGCAUUUAAUAAAAUGUAAUUUAAUUAAACAUACUUAUAUAUGAGAAAUAUAUUCAAGAAUCCUUGUUUUACAAAGUGAUUUUUACUUUUCAUAAGUAUACAAAAGUAUACAAUUGUUUCAGAGUAUACAAUUCAAGUAUCAAAUAUCAAAAGUAUACAAUUGUUUUCAUUCCAUUUUCUCUCCAGAGAGUCAUCCCAUUUUAUUUUCUCUCAGGUCUUUCUUGAAACGUUUUUAGAAUUUUAGCGAUUCAUACCAUAUUAAUAUAAAUUAUUUUACUUAAGAAUUUCCCCUAUCUUGCUAAAAAAGUUCAAGAUCAAAAUCUUUGUGUUGUGUCUAGGAAUGUUAAUGUGUAUUUAAGUUUAAUUUGUUGUACAUAUGUUGCCAGUUACAAAUAUUUUUUUUCUGUUUUAAAAAUGGAAACAUAUCUUUUAAGUUAAAAGUUCCAUCUUCUUAUCGAUUCAGUACCUUGUUCUCUGUUGAUCAAAUAUCCUCAAGUGCCUCUUAUAACAUGUUUUUAGCAAUGAAAUGCAGGGAUGUGCACUGAAAUUUUGUGGCCUGACACAAAUGACUUUUACAGGACCCCUCCAUGUUUUUUACCCCUAAGUCCCUACAUAUAUUUGACCCCUCAUUUUAAAUAUCUUGGGGCCCCCUUCAGGUUUGGGCCCAGGUUGACAGGUCCCCACCCCCCGCCAUGCAGGCUCUUGAUGAUAUACAAGAGUUAAUGAAUUAUUUUAAAAAAUUUGCACUGCUUUGUGUGCUCAAAAUCAUGAAAAAGCUACCGUCAACAAACCAGUAUUAUUUUAUUCUUUUGUCCGAACUGGGUUAGUGGUGACAUAGUGUGUGACAGCUGGUACUAUUAUAGGGUGCGGGGAAAAAACUCGAACAAGCUAUUUUUCAUGUAACUUUAUUAAAAAUAAAUAAAUUAACAAAACAUAAUAAUAUGAGUAGACCUUUAGCAAUCAAUAAAUUUAAUUAGUUUCAAACAGGCUGCUUUUUGCAGUGAUACAAAGGUGCAACUGCUUAUUGAAAUUUUCUGCCAAGGGCUGCAAGUCUUUUAUCUUUAACCGAUCCUAGUCUCUCUAAAGCUUAGGGAGUCCAAACUUUUGUGUAUUUUAGGGUAGACCUUUUACCCUAAAAUAGGCCAUACAAUGUAAUAAAAGAGAUUGAGGUCUAUCAAGUCGAGCAUUCAGUCUGCAGUUGAUAUGAUGUCAAAAACAAUGCAUCAUGCUCCACUCCUCAUUUUGGCCUGAUUUAAAUGUCCAUUCUACAUUUCUGAAGUGCUCUUAGACCCACAAGUACAACAGCCACUAAAAUGUCCUUUUGGUACACUUUUUGUUUUAUUUUAGUGCCCUCAUCCACAAAAAAAAACUGAGAUCUUUUGUCGCUUGUCCUGAUUCCAUCUCAGAUUCGUUGGAGUUUUCUUGCCCCAUUCUGUAUUUCUGCUGCCCCAGGUGAUGUGUAUAAGUACAGUAGAAUACCUUUAUAACACUGACCUAUAAAACACAAUUCUCUAUAAAAAUGCACAACUUUUCAGAAGAAAACGGCAAGUUUUUCAGUUGAAAGUGCUUCAUUUGGCCUUCAAACAAAAUUCUUUAGCAAAUUAAAUUUCAGAACUGUUUUUCAUCUUCUCAUAUUAACCCAAAGCUUUUAAAUGAUAAUUAGUAUUCACAGUAAAAAAAGUGCCAGAUUAUUCUUGAAAGUCUGGUUGGUUGUUAUGCAAAGCAUAAAGUUAGCUCAAGUGCAUGAUAGUGCACUUUUUUAACUAUGAAAUAUACUUACUUGUGAUCUUGUGAAUGAUAAUGUAUACAUCAAAUUGCAUAGUUUGAGCUUUAUUCAUUGUACUAAAAACUUAGUAUUUUGUGUAAAUGCAUUGAUAUGUUUAGAAUAUUAUUUUCUAAACAUGUGAAAUGAUCUAUAUAACGCCGAAACCUGUAUAGCACAAAACCUCUUGUCCCAAGGGUGCGUCAUAAUGGUCUUCUACUGUACCACCCCCACUCAUGUAACAAUCACAAUAACAAACAAGCAACAUCUCAGGUAAUCCAGCAAUAGAGCUACAAAAAAAAAAAAAAAAAAAAAAGGACAAGGUUUGAAGUGAAAAUAAAAACAAGCACAACAUUUUUAAAAAAUAUAUCUAUUCAAUUUCAGACUUCAGUUUUGAAUAUGCAGCUGCUUGAAAUGGAGCUUUAAGUUUAAUUAUAAACUACUUUCAGCCUUUAAAAACACUGGUACGUCCUUGAAAUUAAAGUCCAAAGUGUACAUCUUAGGGCACUUAAAGCUAUACAAAUAUUUUUAAAUAUUAGACAUCAUGACAUUUUCUGCCUCUGUGCAACCUAUCUCAGGAACAAACAUGGUGUGUGAGGGGCAUAAAAUUACUUUAAGUGCAGAAAUGCACAGUACCGGUCUUUAUGCCAAGGUAGCUACUAAGAGUUUUAACUGCUGCAAAUAAUGACAUAUAGCCUAAAUGUGCUUGUUCAAUUGCUGGAAAGCUUUCAAAAUUAAUUUGUUGACCACAAUGCUUAGGUUAUGGGCAAUCUCUUUCUUUAAUUGAGAAUUUUUGCGUGAUUUGGCAAUUACAAUUUUAAUGUUAUCUUUAUUUUUACAACAAACAUAUAAAAAUAUGUGAAAGUAUUGAAAUCAAUGCUAGAUUUUGUCUGUUCUCUUUAUGUAUACAUCCGUUUGUUGAUGUUUGUACUGUGUGUUG